AUGGGUGGAUUAAUGAUCAGUUCAGAGAGACAUUGCGUCCCUGCUCCAGCCUCUCCGUCAGUGCCAUGAUCUCUCGCUCAGCCCCAGUCCUUCUCCCGCAGUGCCGCCAUCUCUGAGCUGCGACCAUGGGCUUCGGCGAUAUCCUGGAGGAUGUCGGGAGCAUGGGCAAGUUCCAAGUCAUCCACAUUUUGUUGCUAGUGUUGCCGUCCUUUCUCGCGCCCAGCCACAACUUGCUCCAGAACUUCUUGGCUGCUGUUCCCGACCAUCACUGUCGGAUCCGUUUGGAAACGGUGAACGACUCCAGGUACGUCAACGUGAUGGACAGAGCGCGGACGGAGGAUCUUCUCCGGGUUUUCAUCCCUCUGGACCAAAACCAGCGGCUGGAGAAAUGCCUCAUGUACUCCUCACCUCAAUGGCACCUCCUGGAUCUCAAUGAAACCCACGGGAGCACAACUGAAUACAACACGCAGAAGUGCACAGACGGGUGGACCUAUGACGACUCUAAGUUCAAAGCCACAAUUGUCACAGAGUGGGACCUGGUCUGCAACUGGAAAUCCCUGAAACGGAUCACGCAGUCGAUCUACAUGGCUGGAUUGCUGGUGGGAGCCAUAGUGCUGGGCAGGCUUUCCGACAAGUUCGGGCGGCGCUCUCUACUGCUGUGGUCCCAUUUCCAGUUAGCCGUGUCUGGGAUGUGCGGAGCUUUCUCUUCCUCCUAUUCCUUAUUCUGCUUCUGGAGGUUUUUGUGUGGACUAGCACUGUCUGGGAUCAUACUCAAUGCUUUCUCCCUCAAGGUCGAAUGGAUCCCAACGAGAUUUCGAACGCCCGUUUCAAUGCUGAGUGGUUUUCUCUACACCUUCGGUCAACUGCACCUGGCCGGUUUAGCGUAUGGAAUCCAGGACUGGCGGUGGCUUCAGUUCACAGUGUCUCUGCCUUACUUCGUUUUCUUCCUCUAUUCUUGGUUCUCAACCAGUUUUGCAUAUUAUGGGUUAGCGAUAGACCUGCAAGGAUUUGGGGUCAAUAUUUACCUCAUCCAGAUCAUUUUCGGAGCUGUCGACAUUCCAGCUAAAGUGAUCGCGUUUCUUUUCAUGAGCCUCAUUGGAAGAAGGUUCACACAAGGAACUUCGCUUAUCCUGGCUGGGAGCUUUAACCUGGCGAACAUCUUUGUCCCGAAAGAGUCUCAGGCCUUACGAACAUCAUUCGCUGCUAUUGGGAAAGGAUGUCUCUCUGCAGCCUUUAGCUGUUGCUAUCUCUUUACAGGUGAACUCUACCCAACCGUGGUCAGGCAGACGGGGAUGGGGCUGGUGAGCACGAUGGCUCGCGUGGGGGCCAUGAUAGCUCCUAUUGUAAGGAUGAGCGGCGACUAUGUCUCAUUCCUGCCGAUGACCAUUUACGGUGGGAUGGCGAUAAUCGCUGGCUUUGCUGCCUUUCUCCUUCCUGAAACACGGAACACUCCUUUACCGGAAACCAUCGAAGAAACAGAAAACAGGACAGACAAAUGUGCUGAAAAGGACAAAGAUGCCAAUGGGACUGGUGUUCCACUCCAGGAAACAUACCUAUCGUUGAUGAAGCAAACUGUGUAACCCAGACACAACGACAAGCAACGUUCUUGAGUGUCCAGUUAACAGACGUGGUGUAGCAGACGAGAACAGAAAGUUUUUCGGUUUUUACUGCACGCCUUCAGCAUCCACACUAUUUUCCUUUAACUAGGCCGUGUUGCGUAUGGUCUACUUAGAGUUAGAGAUUCGUACAGUCACGGAAACAGAACCUUCGGCCCUACCAGUCCGUGCCGACCAUAAUCCCACCUGCCUGCUCCUGGCCCAUAUCCCUCCCAAACCUUUCCCUAUUCGUGUACUUAUCCAAAUGUCUUUUAAACGUUGUAACUGUACCCACAUCCAACGCUUCCUUCCACACACGAGCCCACUCUCUGCGUAAAAAAUUUGCCCCUCAUGUCUUUUUUAAAUCUUUCUCGUCUCACCUUAAAAAUAUGCCCCCUGGUCUUGAAGACCCCCAUCUUAGGAAAAAACCGAAUACAAUUAACUCUAUCUAUACACCUUAGGAUUUCAUAAACCUUUAUAAGGUCGCCUGUCAACCUCCUACAUUCCAGUGAAGAAAAUUCCAGUC